AUGAUUGAUAAUAUUCCUGUAAUAUUUUGCUCUAGUCUUUCUUUGAUUGGACAGCUGCUUAUAGUGUUAUUGUUUAUGUACUCUUAAAAAUUAAGGUAAGGAUUGAUUCCUAGAAUCAUUCUAUAUCUGACAUUUAGUGGAAUAAUUUAAGUAUUGAAUUUAUCAAUUAGACUAUUGGCAUUUUAUGUUCGAGUUUUGAGAAUCCAAAAUGUACUGUUUUUGCCACUUUUCGAUUGUACGGAGGGUUGAGUUCUCUAAUAUGGAGUUCAAUUCUGAUUUAUUCAAUAAAGUAUUAAAGAAAUAUUGAAGAAGAUAAUUGUUUAUGGUACUCAGUUAGGAUAGUAAGUUCAAAGAUACGAGAUAGAUAUUUGAUUAAUUGUGUUCUCAGGAAAAUAAGUUUUUGGUGUGUUCGUAUGGAAUUCCCUUGAUAUUAAUGAUAUAUCCGAUAAUAACAGCAAUCGUUCUGACUGAGAGAAAUACCUAAUACUGUCUGUACUACCAUUAGAAGGAAGAUUCUUCCAACUUGAAGGCACAAUUAGACCUCCAAAAGUUACUGUUUUGGAUUAUUCCUAUUUUUCUGUAUUUAGGCUAUAGUUUUACAAUAAUAAAAUAAAUUAAGAUGCUCUUGGCUGAGGAUGACGAUAAAAAAGAGUUAUAUGGAGAGGUUAAGAAAUUGAUAAAGCAAAUAUUCCUGUUUCCAACAAUUACUUUUAUUUGCACUUUUAGUUUUACAAUAGAAGACAUCCAAUCUCUAUUUUCACAUAGAGUAAUUUAUUUCAUUAAAAUAAGGUAGGAUCGAUCUAAACGACAAUAUCAUUUGUAUUCCUGAGUUUUUGGGGUUUUUUUAAUUGCGUAGCAUAUCUGAGUCAAGAGCCUGUAAAAUAGCAAAUACUGGAGUGGUUGAGAAUGAACCAGCAGAACCAAUAAUGUACAAUUAAAUCAUAUAUUUAGAGAGUUCCAGAUAGCUGAGUAGCUCCUCGUAGAUGAUGAACAAGGAAACACAAGAUUGAGUAUUGGAAGCCAAUGUUAUUAUUACAAUGAGUCCCGAGAAAAGAGUUGUGAUAGAUCGGUACAAAUGACAGAGCCUCUAUGA